UUAAUUGACUGAUUAAAAAUAUUAUUAAUUUGCAAGUUCUAUAAAAUUAUUUUUUAAUAACUAACAUGGAUAAUUUAUGUCAGUGGUGUUAAGGUUAUGUUGAUGAGUUAAAAAAAUUUAAGCAAAAUUAAAAUAAUUGCUGGGAGCAGAAAAAAAAUUUUUUAGUCAUAAAAGAUUGCUGAGUUUUUUUUGUCAUUAUGAAUCGAGGAAAAUCAGUAGCAUCAACAAUGGAUGAUAUGGCAUGUCCCCGUUGUUUAACAACAAAAUACCGAAAUCCAUCUCUUAAAUUGAUGGUUAAUGUUUGUGGGCAUACAUUAUGUGAAAGCUGUGUGGAUUUGUUAUUUUUAAAAGGCUCCGGAUCUUGUCCAGAAUGUUUCAUACCUUUGCGAAGAGGUAAUUUUAGGAUUCAAAUGUUUGAAGAUUCUAUGGUAGAAAAGGAAGUGGACAUAAGAAAGCGUAUCUUACGUGAUUACAAUAAAAGAGAAGAGGAUUUUGCAACAACUCGAGAGUACAAUGAUUACCUGGAAGAAGUAGAAACAAUUAUUUAUAAUUUGUCUAAUGAUAUUGACGUACUGGAGACAAAUAAAAAAAUAGAGCAGUAUAAAAAAGAAAAUAAAGAUCAAAUUAAUAAAAAUAGAAUGAAAUUAGGUAGAUCUGAAAGUGAAUUACAAGAUUUAUUACUUUUAGAAAAGCAACGUGAAGAAGAGCGUAAAUUACAGCUAGCUCGUGAAGAAAUGGAAGUUAAAAAACAAAAAAUACGAGACAAAGAAGCGCUUAUAGAUGAAUUAAUGUUUUCUGAAGGAAACGCUAAAAAUAUUGUUGAAACAUUCGCUAGUUCGAUGCAAACAGCUGCGGAAAAAGCUAAGAAAGUUGCACCAGUACCUAAAGCUACACAAUUUAGUACCGGGAUACAAUUUGGCACGCAAGGAACUCAAGGAUUUUUACCAAUUCCUAAACAAGAAGAAGGGCCAAUGUUUUCGUAUGUACCUAUUGAGCAAAAAUCAGAAGGACCUCCGGCACCAACUUGGCAGCAAGUUUAUUCUGAUGGAUAUAUCAAUCAUGUACGCGCUGAAACUAAAGUCGAAAAGGCUGGAGGAUUUAAAGCAACCAUUGCGUGUCUAAGAGCUCUUCAAGAAGCUAUGGCUGGCUUGUAUUAUAAUCCUCCACGAUCUAAUUGAACUUGUGUAAUAAUUUAUUGUCUUCAAUCUUGUAAUAAUGUUUUUUGAGGUAUUUUUUCUUCAUUAUAAUCAUACUUUUUCUAUAUAUAGAUGUAAAUUAUUUAUAAUAAACACGUUUAAUAAAAUUAUUUUUGUCAGUUUCAA